AGGCCGCGCCGACGGCAGCGGCGGCGGCGAUGUCCCGCAAGCAGGCGGCGCGGGCGAGGCCCGGGAAGGCGGAGGUGGAGCGGAAGCGGGACGAGCGAGCGGCCCGCAGAGCGGUGGCCCGCGAGAGGCGCAACCGAGCCCAGGGCGAAGGCGAACACGACGGCGGCGGCCUCAACGAACAGCUGCGAGCUCUCGGACUGCGCCUGCGCGAAGUGCCGGGCGACGGGAACUGCCUGUUCAGGGCCCUCGGGGACCAGCUGGAGGGCCACUCCCGGAACCACCUCAAGCACCGGCAGGACACGGUGGCCUACAUGAUCCAACAGCGGUCGGACUUUGAGCCCUUCGUGGAGGACGACGUCCCUUUCGAGAAGCACAUUGCCAAUUUGUCCCAGCCGGGCACGUUUGCUGGCAAUGACGCCAUCGUAGCCUUUGCCAGGAACAACCAAGUGAAUAUCGUCAUUCACCAGCAAAACGCCCCCCUCUGGCAGAUCCACGGGACGGACAAGAGCAACGCCCGAGAGCUGCACAUCGCGUACCGCUACGGCGAGCACUACGACAGCGUCCGAAAGGUCAACGAUAACUCGGCGGCUCCCGCUUGGCUGCAGACGGAGAUGCUGUGCCAAAAUGAAUCCCCAAACAAGGAGGCCCCCCAGGCGAAGGGGGAGAGGCAGCAGCCGAAAGAAGAAACGGGGGAGGAAAUGGAGGACGCUCUCCAGAAAGUCCACAACGCCACCGGAUGCUCAGACGUUGAUUUAAUUGCCCAAGUCCUGGAGGCCGAAGGCUACAGCAUUGAGUCCGCCAUCUUUGCCGUUUUCCAGAUGAAAGAGUUGGAAAAACUCCGCGCAGAGGAAGACCAGGCCAACAGGCCGAACCCACAGCCCAGGCCGGCCCUGUGGGACGAGAAGGGAGGCCGAGGCAGGACUCUGGGCCCCCAGGAAGUGGAAAACAAUAAUAACCCCCGUGGGAAUCUGGUGGAAAGGAACCGCCCCGGUCAGAAGGUCUCCCCCAAGCAGAAGAAGGAGCUUCAGCGGUUGGAGAAGAAGAAGCGCCAGGAGGACAGGCACCGGCAGAGAGUCCUGGCCGGCAAGGGCAGCCCCUCGGACAAUAACACGGCCGCCAGGAGGGACCCCCAGGCGCAGGUCACCCUGGUCAAGACCUUUGCCACCCUCAGCAUCUGAGUCGGCCACGCUGGACGGCCUUCGCUUCUUCCAAAGAGAGGGGGAAGCCCCAAGACACACAA